AUUGGCAAUCUCGAAUUCAUUCAUUCGACGGAUUUACGCUUUCCGUAGCGAAACCACACGAAAUCCAAGCGAAAUUACUGGAAAUACCUGGAAUUUCGAAGGAAAAUAGUGAAAGGGUUCAUUUGGUAUUCAUUCCUUCUAAACGUUGAUUGAAAUGGGAAGGCGAAAGAAGGAAGACAGUGACUCUUCAGAGCGAUGGGAGUCUGAUUCAUCCGUCGAUGUUGAAGAAGUCUCAACAUCCGAUGAAGACCAAGGUAAUCGAAGGAUCACUCGUCAGUCCACCCGCAUCGUUACCAGGGCAACAAACCAAGUCAUGAGGAUGCGAGGCCAAUCCCCCAUGAAGACUGGCAAGGGAGUGGACAGGAAGACUUCCGAUAGCUCCGACAGUGAACCUACCGUACCCCCCACCGAUACCGCCGCGGAGAAGACCAACAACAAGAAAGGCCGCAAGAGGGGGAAGUCAGAGACCCACCACUCUGAUACGGAGUCAGGUGCAUCGCUUAAUGGAGGAGGCCCAAAGAAGAAGAUACAGAAGAAAAGUACAGGUAAAGGUGAUGCUAAACUGACCAAUGGAGAGCUUUCAAGCGACAAAGAGAGCGGAGACGGAGACAAGAAGAGAAGGAGCAGAAUUAUAGCAGAACAGCAGCUUUUGAAGUCAGAGAAUGUAGAAUUGAGGUGUCCCGUUCCUGGUUGCGAUUCAAGAGGUCAUUUUACCGGGAAGUUCACCAAGCAUCGUACCUUAUGGGGUUGUCCCCUCUACCAUAACAUGACGGCCGAGGAGUGCCAGGCCAAAGCAGACGCGAGGGCAGAGAAGAGACGCAAUCGGCACCAGGAGCAAGAGAACGAUGAGAAGAAGGCCUUGCGGCAAACGAACUCAUCUCGUGCCCAACAGCAAAAACGCUACCAGGUGCAGGAGCUUCGGAGGCAGCGCAAGGAGCUCACCGAGGACGUCAAGGUCAAGAGUCGGCAGCACCGGGAGGAGUUCCACAAGUCCCGGGAGCCCCUCCUCAACGGGAUCACGUCGCAGUUUGACCUGGAUCUGUUCCGCGAGGCCCAGAUGCGGGCCUCAGAGGAGAUGGUGCGUGUCCAUGCGCAGAGCUUACCGAAACACGACUCUCCGCUCACAGCAAAUAGGGAGAAGUGCGGCUUGGGGAAUCCCGGCGAGGGCACGGUCAAGAAGCUGGAGUUUGGCCGCUUCGAGCUCAACACCUGGUACUCAUCCCCUUACCCCGAGGAGUACGCAAGGCUUCCCAAGCUCUACAUCUGCGAGUUCUGCCUCAAGUACAUGCGCAGCUCCACCAUCCUCAGGCGACAUCUUGCCAAGUGCAUCUGGAGGCAUCCCCCGGGCGACGAGAUCUACAGGAAGGGCAUCAACUCCGUCUUUGAGGUGGACGGCAAGAAAAAUAAGAUCUACUGUCAGAAUCUAUGUCUUCUUGCCAAGCUGUUUUUGGACCACAAGACGCUUUACUACGAUGUAGAACCAUUCCUCUUCUACAUCAUGACUGAGAACGAUUCAUCUGGUUGUCACAUUCUUGGCUACUUCUCAAAGCCCCAUUAUUACGUCCUGCAGGAGAAGAACUCAUUUCUGAACUACAAUGUUUCCUGUAUACUCACCUUGCCUCAGUACAUGAGGCAGGGAUAUGGCAAGAUGCUUAUCGAUUUCAGCUAUCUACUGUCUAAGAGAGAGGAGAAGAUUGGUUCCCCAGAGAAGCCUCUCUCCGAUCUUGGUCUGAUCAGCUACAGAAGCUACUGGAAAGGUGUGCUACUUAAAUAUCUACAUAAGCUGGAUGCUAAGGAAAUAUCCAUCAAAGACAUCAGCCAAGAGACGGCGAUUAACCCUUAUGACAUCGUCAGCACGCUACAGUCCAUGUCCAUGCUCAAAUACUGGAAGGGCAAACACCUGGUGCUCAAGCGACAGGACCUCAUCGAUGAGUACCUGUCCAAGGAGAAGGAGAGGACCAACGGUCUCAAGCUGAUUGACCUCAACAGCUUGAAGUGGACACCGCCCAUAUGUGAACCGGUAUAGGGCCAUUCCAUGUUAGGGCGGACAGACAUUUGAGAGUAGGGUCUGGCCUAUGAGUCGUAUGUGAACUGGUAUGAUGCAAUUCCAUGUAUUUAAAGAAAGAGGGACAUUUUCAGAGCAGUUUCUAAACAUCUUUUCAUAUGUGAACUGGUAUAGAGCCAUUACGUUAGGACAGACAGACAAUUUGAGAGUAGUGUCUGGCCCUACAAGUCAUAUGUGAACUGGUAUACAGCAAUUCCAUUUAAAGAAAGAGGGACAUUUUAAGAGCAGUGUCUAAACAUCUUUUCAUAUGUGAACUGGUAUAGGGUGAUUCCAUGUAAAGAAAAAGGGACAUUUUAAGAGCAGUGUCUAAACAUCUUCUCUUAUGUGAACUGGUAUAGGGUGAUUCCACGUUAGGGCAGACGGACAAUUUGAGAGUAUUGUCUAGCCUUAUCAGUCAUAUGUGAACUGGUAUGAAGUAAUUCCAUGUAAAGAAAGAGGACAUUUUAAGAGCAGUGUCUAAACAUCUUUUCAUAUGUGAACCGGUAUACAGCAAUUCCAUGUAAAGAAAGAGGACAUUUUAAGAGCAGUUUCUAAACAUCUUUUCAUAUGUGAACUGGUAUACAGCAAUUCCAUGUAAAGAAAGAGGACAUUUUAAGAGCAGUGUCUAAACAUCUUUUCAUAUGUGAACCGGUAUAAAGCCAUUCCACGUUAGGACAGAUAGACAAUUUGAGAGUAGGGUCUGGCCUAGAAGUCGUAUGUGAACUGGUAUAUAGCAAUUUCGUGCAAAGAAAGAGGGACAUUUCAAGAGCAGUGACUUAACAACAGUUCAUUUGUGAAGUGGUAUACGGUGAUUGCCUAGCCUGCAAAAGGACAUUUUAAGAGUAGGCUUUAAGUACAAGGAACUGGUACAAGGCAAUUCCAGAAUGGUAAAAUACAAUAUUUUGAGAGCAGUUUCUAAACAUCAUUUCAUAUGCAAACUGGUAUAGGACGAUUUCAUACUUUUUAAUACAGGACAGUUAGAGAGCAGUUCCUCAACAGCAAUUCAUAUGUGAACUGGUAUAGAGCGAUUCCACACAUGGAAAAGGGGACUUUUGGAGAGUAGACUGUAGCCUUCAAAGCCAUAUGUGAACAGAUGUACAAGUUUAAAGUUGAGAAUGUUUUCCAACAAUGAUGUUUGUGAAUGUAAAAUGAAGUUCCACGUAUACGAUGUUCUUGUAAUGGUUUUCUCACAAGACUCGAAUAGCGGUUACUAUUUCAGAUUUUGUAUUUUGGAAAAGAGAAAUGGACCUUUGUAUCUUGCAAUGGACCUCCAAAUGGUCCCCAACAAUAUGUGAACAGCUCUAGAACUGUGUAAGGUUGAGAAUGAGUUGAGUUGAGUUUUCCAAUAAAACCUUUUGUUAAUGGAUGUGAAAUUAAGUUCCAAUGGGAGCAUGUUUUGGGGUAAUCUAUCGUAGAC